AGUCACUGUGGUAGUAACAUCAGUGGUAAUAGCAUCAGUCACCGUGGUAGUAGCUUCAGUGGUAGUAGCAUCUGUCACUGUUGUUGUAGCAUCAGUGGUAGUAGCAUCAGUCACUGUGGUAGUAGCUUCAGUGGUAGUAGCAUCAGUCACUGUGGUAGUAGCUUCAGUGGUAGUAGCAUCAGUCACUGUGGUGUAGCUUCAGUGGUAGUAGCAUCAGUCACUGUUGUUGUAGCAUCAGUUGUAGUAGCAUCAGUCACUGUGGAAGUAGCAUCAGUGGUUGUAGCAUUAGUCACUGUGGUAGUAGCAUCAGUGGUAGUAGCAUCAGUCACUUGGGUAGUAGCAUCAGUGGUUGUAGCAUCAGUCACUGUGGUAGUAGCAUCAGUGGU